AAAAAAAUACUAUUUACUUUACUACAUAAAAUAAUAAAAUAUGCUAAAUCAUUAAAUAAGCAAAUAAGCAGAUCGUCACUGUAUUAUUUCAAUUGGAAUAUUUUAAUUAUAACCUCCACAAUUAAUCAUGAAAAUUAUUUUGAGAGUAUUCUAGCAACCAUCAAACUGUACUAUGUUUCAUCCAUUUAUCGUUUAAAAAUUUCUCUUCCUUUAGCAGUUAAGUUUAUAAAUUUCUAUUUAAUAGUACUAUUGAAAUGUAAAUUCGUUACCAACUCUAAAUAUUUUUGA